AUGAAAGCUAUCAACCCCCAAAAACCAUUUUACUCAGAUACACAACAAACCUCUAAUAACUUUUCAAUCCAAGAUCAACGCAGGAAGCGCUUACAAAGGAUUUGCAAGUUUUGGGUAAAGGAUAGAUGUGCUUAUGGGGAUAACUGUAGGUUUCUUCAUUCUUGGUUCCAAUCUGGUAAUGGGUUUUCGAUGCUGCCAAGGCUUGAAGGGCACAAGAGAUCUGUGGUCGGUGUUGCCUUUCCUUCAGGGCCUGACAAGCUUAUACUGGCAGUAGAGGUGGAACUGUCAGGAUUUGGGAUUACUACUCUGGAAAGCUCGUGGGUAUUCAUUGGAUUGCCAAAUUUAGUUCGGGUCUGGAAUUUAAGCUCAGAGGGUAACAAAGAGUUCUCUUUGGAUGGUCCAAUUGGUCAAGUCUAUGCCUUGGCAGUGUACAAGGAUUUGCUUUUUGCCGGGACCGCUAAUGGCUCUAUGGACAAUACAGUGAAGGUUUGGGAUUUGGAGACUGCAGUGCAAGCAAACUCUAAAUGGUCACAGGGAUGUGGUGAUGUCACUUCUGAGUUGGGAUCAGUGCUUACUGACAUGCUCGAUGCAAAAGGGAAGCCUAUUGUGUUUUGUUCCUGCAAUGAUAACUGUGUUCGUCUGUUUGAAUUGAAUUCAUUCACUGAGAUGGAUAGGAUUUUUGCAGAACAGGAGGUUAGAGAAAUUCAGAGGGGUCCUAAUGGCCUAUUUUUCACAGGUGAUGCAGCUGGAGUGGUUACCGUUUGGAUGUGGCACGCAUAA